ACUGCGUCAGUAACGGUUUCCUCCGUCAGGAGCGCGCGCGGGUUUCAGUACACCGCUGAAGCUCGACACCUUCACAAGCUCUAGAAAACGAAACCAAAAAUAAGAUGAACGUCUCGUUUGUCCUCUUAACAGGUGUGAUGCUAUGUGUAGGAUGGGCCGAAAACAUCACAGAAGUAGUCAUAGAAAGAACUUCAUCACUUUCCAGUACCAUAUCAUUUAUACCAUCUACCAUCAAAGAAGUGUCCACUACAACCCCCAAUGCAAUUACAACUUCAAAUCCUCUCACCACUCAAACCAGAAAUAAUACAGCUAUCAUCAGCGCCAACACCACAACAGCCACCAUUACCAACGCUACUACCAUCAGCAACACCACGGCCACUACUGCCAACAACACCACCAACCCCACGGCCACUACUACCAAUAACACCACCAGCACCACGGCCACUACUGCCAACAACACCACCAACCCCACGGCCACUACUGCCAACAACACCACCAACCCCACGGCCACUACUGCCAACAACACCACCAACCCCACGGCCACUACUGCCAACAACACCACCAACCCCACGGCCACUACUGCCAACAACAACACAGCCACCACUACCAACUCCACAGCCAUCAUCACCACCACAGCCAACAACAUCACAGCCAACACCACCACCAACACAACAACCACCACUGUCACAAACAACCCCACCACAACCACCACCUUCGUCACCACUUCCACCACCACCACCAUUCCCCAUACAUCCAUCCAUUCAACUACAAAUGAUAAAACAAUAUCCACAUUGCAGUCCAGUACACCAAAGGUCCCAAGCGGUACCAAUCCCGUUAGAGCACUGAGUUCCGUAAGCAUCGCCGCCAUCAUCAUUGGGUUCAUCGUCUUUGUGAUAUUUGUGCUGGGUGGAGCGUAUUACUACAAAAUAAAGCGUCCUUCCUAUGGGCGUCUUUUGGAUGACAAUGAACACGGCAAUUUCUUCAAUCCAAUGUUUGAUGGCUAAGUUCCCUUUAAGAAGAUGUUCCAGUAUUGAUCCUUUUCAGAGGGCACAAUUUGGUUGAUUGGAGGCCUGCUGAAAUAAGAACACAUUGUCUAAUCUGACAAUCAGAAGCUCUUUCAAUGAACUCCUGAACUGUUACAUAAACCUACAACAACCUGGUAAUGUGUUGUUCUUGUAAAUGAGUCAUUUCAUGUGACUAAUGUUUAAGAAUGUACACUUAGUUAGGCGCUAGAUAUUAAAUGGUAGACAGGUCCAGGCAUGUGAGAGCGCAAUGAAAUAAAGUAUAUUGUGCCUGUUAAAAUUUGAAUAUUAAUUUAUAGAUCAUUUGGUUAAUUUAUGGACAUUGGUUGAAGUUUUCUAUGAGGAAAUUUUUUCUCUGUUUACUAAUGAUUUAUAUAAAUGUGUUGAUAAAUAAAGACUAUACAAGUUCUGUU